AUGUCAAAUUUAUCAAAACUUGAAUUUGUGGCACUUGAUAUCACCGUAAACGAUUAUUUAUCAUGGGUCCUUGAUGCUGAAAUUCACCUUGAGGCUAAAGGUCUUGGGGAUACUAUUAAACAGGGAAAUAAAUCAUCAAGUCAAGAUAAAGCCAAGGCUAUGAUUUUCCUUCGUCAUCAUCUUAAUGAAAUUGAAUAUUUAACUGUGAAAGAUCCACUUGAAUUGUGGAAUAAUUUGAAGGAUCGAUAUGAACACCUAAAGAUGACGGUAUUACCGAGAGCUCGAUAUGACUGGAUAUAUCUCCGGCUCCAAGAUUUUGAAACUGUAACUGAUUAUAAUUCUGCUAUUCAUCAAAAUAAUACUCUAUUAAUGAAAAAUCAUGAGUCUCGUCCCACUGGUUUUGCUCCAUUCCCUGAAGUGAAUGCAGCAACAGGUUAUGAUAAUCCUGAAAGAAGGCAAAAUAAUUAUCGUGGUCGUGGCCAUGGUCGUGGGUGUGGACGUUGA